GUUGAGCGUUUUGUGGCUGAUUUAUAAUGAUAUUGGAUAGCUAGUGUUGCCUACACACUGAUGCAUUAGGUGCCUAAAGUAUACGGCACCUGCGUACUUUUGUUUUUGAAUUAUACAUUAUACCAAUAAAUGCCAUGGCAACCAAGUUAUUCGAAGGAUCACCAUUUGGAACACAAACAGCAAGAUUUGAUGUAUCAGGUGUUCAUCCACAGAGCAAAGUGCCUGGAACUUUCACUCAAGUUCCCUAUUGUAAAAAAUCUACCGAUGAACUGAAGAGAAAACUUGCUCCUGGGACUUACUAUGUGGAUGUUGGAGGUUUCAAUGAACAAGCUGUUGGAGAGCGAGCAGAUGGUCCUGGAUGGAAGAGAUCAUAUGAGACGAUGAGGAUGGCUCAGAUUCCUCAUCUUCUGUAUAGGGAGCAAUGGAUGAAGAAAAAGGAGCAAAAAAGAAAGUUAGGACCUGGUAAAUAUAAUGUGAAUAAGUUGGACUUCAUUGAUGCUUUGGAGAAGAAACCUUCGAGCACGAGGGGCAUCUGCUCGACCAGGGAUCAGAGGUUUAGGAAGAAAUUUUCUACUGACUUGCCUGGACCUGGAACUUAUGGAAAGGGUGGUGUGCCAGCUGCUUUAAAAGAAGAGAGACAAGCUCAAUCUGCUAGUAUUGUAGGAAUGCUUGAUGCUGGUUCCUCCACCCCUACGUUCACUUCCAACUCGUUGGAUGUGAGCUUGCUCCUGGAAGAUAUGAGAAGGCGAGCUUCACUGAACAGAUCCUUAGUAAGGUGGUGAGCAAGAGAGGACCUUAUGAUUUGUUCACUGGGGAGAGAACCAAAGCUAAGAACACCGGACAUUACGCUGUUGCUAAAGUGAGUGAUUUGGGACCUGGUGAAUACAAUCUUUCUUCAUUUCUGGAUACUUGGACAAAUGAGCAUAAAAAGAAACAUGGGCAGUUUGGAAAG